UUGAAACCAUGACAAUGAUUGAGGCAGCUCAAAAAAGUGCAAACGGUUCGACGCAGGAUUCCAGCGAAGAAACAUGGAAGCCAGAUUACGCUAUCGCUCCACCGAAGCUACAGAACUUGCUGAACGAUGACGGCUACUUGAAUAGUUACAAAAGUGACUUCCGAUAUAGAUAUACACAGUUUAAAAAAUCACUCGAAGCUAUCGAGGCUGGAGAGGGUAGUUUGCUGAAGUUCAGUCAAGGCUACAAGCAAUUUGGACCGCAGUUCGCGCCUGAUGGGUCCAUGAAGUGGCUUGAAUACGCCCCUGGAGCGGAGGGCCUGUUUCUAAGGGGCCAAUUCAAUGAAUGGAAUAGAGUAAAGACUCCGUUCAAGGAACUGGAACACGGAAAGUGGUUGUUGGAAAUGCCGGCUAAUAAGGAUGGCACUCCCGUGUUGAAGCAUUUGGACAGAGUGCGACUCAAUGUAGUGUCGAAGGGCGGUGAACUAUGCGACCGCAUUUCACCUUGGACCUCAUAUGCAUUGCAGCCUGAGAACUCGUACACCUACGAUCACGUGAUCUGGAACCCGACUGAGCCCUACCAGUUCAAGUACAAAUGUCCCCCAGUGCCUGAUAACCUGAAGAUAUACGAAGCCCAUGUGGGUAUUGCAUCCCCGGAGGCUAAAGUGUCGACGUACAAGCACUUUACGGAGAAAGUGUUGCCGCAUAUUGCAGACAUGGGGUAUAAUUGUAUCCAGUUGAUGGCUAUUAUGGAACACGCGUACUAUGGGUGUUUCGGAUAUCAGGUGACCGCGUUCUUUGCUGCAAGUAGUCGAUAUGGAACCCCUGAGGAACUAAAAGAGCUAAUUGACACAGCUCACAAGUUGAAUCUAGUUGUGCUUCUGGACAUAGUGCACAGUCAUGCUGCUAAGAAUACCCUGGAUGGUCUGAACAUGUUUGACGGCACUGACUGUUGUUUCUUCCACUCGGGUGCGAGAGGCAAUCACAAUUUGUGGGACAGCAGACUGUUUGAUUAUAGGCACUGGGAGACCAGAAGAUUCUUGUUGUCCAAUCUUGCCAUGUGGAUGGAGGUUUACAAAUUUGAUGGAUUUCGUUUCGACGGUGUCACUUCCAUGCUGUACCACCACCACGGCAUCGGCACUGGAUUCAGCGGAGACUACGGAGAGUACUUUGGCAUGCAAGUGGACACUGAUGCUCUGGUGUAUAUGAUGCUGGCCAGUUAUCUUGUCAAGACCUAUCUGAAGCCGGAUGCGAUACUGAUUGCUGAAGAUGUCUCAGGAAUGCCAGCUUUGUGCAGAGAAGUUGAGGAAGGAGGUCUUGGAUUUGACUACAGACUGGCAAUGGCUAUCCCUGACAUGUGGAUCAAACUACUGAAAGAGAAGAAUGACGAGGACUGGGACUUGGCCAAUUUAUGUCACGUGCUCACCAACAGACGCCACAAGGAGAAGUGCAUUGCAUAUGCAGAGUCACAUGACCAAGCACUGGUGGGUGACAAGACUCUCUCUUUCUGGCUGAUGGACAAGGAGAUGUACUACUCCAUGUCUGUAAUGUCCCCCCGCAACCUCAUCCUAGACAGGGGCAUGGCACUUCACAAGAUGAUCAGACUCAUCUCUCACGCCAUGGGCGGAGAGGGAUAUCUGAACUUUAUUGGGAAUGAGUUCGGACAUCCCGAGUGGCUGGAUUUCCCACGAGAGGGAAACGGUUGGAGCUACCACUAUGCGAGACGUCAGUUCAACCUGAUCGAAGACGACAUGUUGAGAUACAAGAAUCUAGCCAACUUCGACAAGGACAUGAACCUGCUGGAGAACCAGUUCAAGUGGGUCUGUGCACCACAGGCAUACGUCAGCCGAAAACACGAGAUGGACAAGGUCAUCGUAUUCGAGCGUGCCGGAUGUCUGUUUGCGUUCAACUUCCACCCCAACCAGAGUUACGCCGACUACUGGAUCCCAGUUGAACAAGAGGGGGGCUUCGAGAUGAAACUAGGCCUCUGUUCCGACUGCGGACGAUACGAUGGGUUCGACAGACUAGAUAUGACUAACAUGUUCAAAGUGUUCCCAAAAGGAAUGGAUGGGAGGAAGGGGUCCAUUCAAGUGUACUUGCCAAGUAGAGUUGCAAUUGUGUUGGUUCCUGCUGACAAAUAUGUUGGCCCUGAGUAAAGUUGAAUGACUUCAUUUGAAGAUGUUUGAAAUGAUGAUACAUUGUUAAUAUUCUAAACCGUUUUCCAAAGUACCGAGCAAAACAAACAAGUGGAAAUCUUAAAAGACGGCGAGUAAAGUUUUUCAGUCGUACUGUGAGAGAGCAAAAAUUUGUGAUGUUUUGAUUAUAAAACAUUAGUUUGGUUGUAUUUUGGAAAUAGGUAAUUUUGGUGGCUGUGCUGAAACUAAAUUUUAUAAAUCUGCCUAGAUAUCAGUUGACCUGAUGUUUGCAAUACAAAGCUAUAUUUGGAUUGUUCUGAACACUUUUGAAAAGUCUGGACUAUUUGUAUUUGAAGUGAACUAAAUUAAUAAAACUAAAAAACCCUGAAAGAUGAAUUGUAUUAUUUUUAGGCAUUCCGUUUACUAAACUUUUCUCCUUAUUAUGAUUCUGACUGAAGUUAACAAUGCGAAGUAAAUCCACAUUAUGAAGUACAUUUUAACGCUUUCAUGAUUAGUGAAAACUUGACUCGUGAACGACGUUAAAUUUGUUUUGAUAGUAUAAGUGAGCAAGGCAACUUAACCGUGGCGCUGUGAUUUGAAAAUAAAGUAUACUGUAAUCUAUUUGGAUUUUUUAAACUUAUUCCGCCCAAUUGAUCGUAUGUCAAAUCAUGAAAAAUAAAAAUA